CCCCCCUGGCACCCCCCCUCUUCCCUGGGCUAUAUGUGGCAUUUAGACGCUCCCGACAAUCUGCUCCAAAUGUUUUCCAUAUUUGUUCAGCCUCCUCGAUUCAAACACCAGGGACAACCCAGCCAGCACAAAGCGGAGCUUCGGGGGGCAAAAAAACCCAGGCCAAACAACCCACCCUCGCGCAGCCCAUGGGAAAAAAGGAGAAGAAACCCCCGCACGGCACCUCCGGGCAGGCGGCCGAGGGGGAGCCAGCCGGCGGCUCGGCGGCGGCGGCGAUGCCGAAGAAGGCGGCGGGCGAGGGGGCCCCCAAAGCGGGCGCGGAGGAGGCGCCCCCCACUUGUUGCGGCUGCCGCUUCCCGCUGCUGCUGGCGCUGCUGCAGCUGGCGCUGGGCACCGCCGUGGCGGUGCUGGGCUUCCUGGCGGCCGGCGUCAGCUCUUCCGUGCUAGUCAGAGACACGCCACACUGGGCUGGGAUCAGUGUCUGCGUGGUGUCCUUAGUUGGAUUUGUUAUGCUUUGCAUUUCAUACCAACCUGAUGAGAAGACAUGUGUGCAGUUCACGGUAAAGCUCAUGUAUUUUCUGCUGAGUGCCCUGGGUCUGGUUGUCUGUGUUUUGGCAGUGGCUUUUGCUGCACAUCAUUAUUUGCAGAUGACGCAAUUUACCUGCAAUACCGUUCUUGAGUCUUGCCAGUGCAAAGUGGACACGGAGGACCCCCUGGGCAGGACCUUCGUUUACCAGGAUGCAGCUGACUGCAGCAGUGUCACCAGCACGCUCAACCUGUACUUACUUCUGCAGAUGGUUCUCAACCUGAUUGCAGCCAUCGUGUGCCUGUCAGCGUGCUUCGUCAUGUGGAAGCACAGAUACCAGGUUUUUUAUGUGGGCGUUCGGUUCUACCCAUUAACGGCUACCGAAGGCCAGCAGCAGAAAGUAUAGGGUUGGGGCUGGCGAGGGAAUGAAAAGUGUCAGCGUACUGCCACCAUAGACACCACGAAUGGAUAAGCAUUUGUAAGAUUUCUGACAAGGAAAAACAUUCACACAUUUUUAAUGAAUAUAUUUUUCAGGCAUUUUUAAGACCAGUGCGUGUGGCUGCUAUCAUGAAAGGCCCCUUGUGAGACUACCUAGAGGUCACAUAAAGUCCUAAAGAUGCAGCUGCACAAAUACUCACCAAAGAGCAUCUUUAAUAGUCAUAGACAAACCGAGAGCUUAAAAAAAAUCAUUGGAAACUCAUCUACAGGGCCAUAGCCACUAAGACAUAGGCGCCACUUCCUUUGUUGGUGGGAAUCUGUUUCUUGCCUUCAGAGAAGCUGUACUGAUUUCUACCAGAUGAGGAUCUGGUCCAAACUGCUUAAUUAUAAUUAUGCCAAUCUUGCUUAGGGAAUAUAUUGUCUCUUGGAUUCUCUGGGUAUAAUCCGCACUAACCUGAUGGGGAUUUACCAUAUGGAUAUGUACCAAGGGAGGUCAAGACCUCUUCAAAUGCAGACCAGUAGCAAACAUGAAUCAACUGAUGACUGCCGUAUAAAAUAUAUGGUAUAUAGAUAAGAUUUCUGAGAGUGACUAAUGAUGUAGGUUACCUAAUCCACUUACUAAUUAACAACCAAUUAGUGGGUUGACUAAUGGUGAUUCGUUGGGCCCCAUUUGAGACCCCAUACAGGGGCCUGAUUUCUGAAGAACGAGGACUCAGCACUUUGUGCGAAAAGAUCAAUGUAAGAAACCUCGAGCUGAGCUCCUAAAACGGAGGCCCCUAAAUCACUAGUCACGUUGAAAACAGUGUUGACACUGUUAUAAUUGCAGGCUCCCAAGCCCGGCGUCUAGCUAGUUCCACCAAUUAUACUCAAAGCACAAAAGGCCAAAUGCAUUUUUGGUGUAACUCCUCUGAAGACAAUCAGCCUCACACACCAGCCGUGGAUUUGGGCCAACAGCCCUGAAAGAUAUAUCCCUGCAACAAUAAGUGUUUUUUAAAAUGAGGUGGAGGGAGGGAAGCAAGAAGAGACUGCCAGUCUCCCAAAGACAUCAUUUAUAAUAACGAGGGCAAGAGAUUAAUGAUUUUUUAAUAAGCAGCACAGAAUAACAAACUGCAUCCAAACAGUGCUUUUUCACUCUGAAAGUGUGGCUCUGAAAGUGCUUUAUGUGUUAUUAGCCCUGUACUGAGACAAAUAGGUUGAUUUGCCCCUUGAACAGUCAGUCCCACUUGCACAGCAUGAAGUGCCUAGAUGCAAGCGCAAUCCCAAACCUGCCGCAUGUUGCGCUGCCUCCCAAUGUCCGCGCAAAGGCAAGGCCAGGGAUGCCCAAGCCCUGCGACAAGUAGGGGCUGCUGACCUCCACCAGGGUGAGGGUGCCACCAAGGUGGAGUCAGACAGUGAUCACACACCAGAAAGCUUGUGCAUUAGGAAGGAGGAAGAGAAUAAAAUUUCUAUAGGGCUUCAAACAAACACAGACUUUCUGUUUCUGUAGCAAAAAUAGCCACUGGUGAGUCAAAAAGCUACUCUGGUAGAAAGCUAAUUGUGUAAAUAGCUCUAAUCCUAACUGAGAAGGAUCUUCCAUCCCAGGUUCACAUGUCUUCCCAGUCCACCAUGAGCACUGCUCUGUCUACUUGUUCAUUUUUGUCAUUGGCUUCUAGAGUAGAUGUCGCUUCAGUCACCAAGCUGCUCUCUGCCAGGCUUUUAAGUGAGGACCUUUUGAAAAAUGCAGAUUUUUGAGAUCAUCUUCCAAACUGCACCUCAAAAUAACAGGCACUAGUAACUGUGGCUGCUGGGACCACAUCUGCAAGUGUGGCCAUUUGCUUGCCUACAUGACGCUAUCCAUAUGAAGUCCUCAACCUGACCCACAGCCAUCCUCAGAUCAAGCUGAGAUGCUGGUGACCUGUGCAGGAGAGCGAGCACGGUGGGAUUUGGCCAUCGGCUUUGGCGAGGGCUCUGUGGCCAUCAGUGUGAUGCUGGAUGCCAGUACAUCUCCUGUUCUGAAGUGCCACUCGUGGAUUUGUGGACAGACUAGCUUCCCAUAUGAGACAUAUGCAUAGGAGUGCCUCCCGCAUGCCAUAUACACAGAUAUGAGCUUGCUGUCCACCCCUCAGAGGACUCAGCUGUGUUCACUGGGAAGCUGCUGAAGGGUAGGACAAGAUCCUCAACAUGCAAACAAUAUACGCUCCUCUGGCCUAUACUCAACACGCUCAUUCCUUCCUCAGUGAAUUACGUUUCCGUUCCUGGCACAGCCCCGCCGGCACAAAAGCUGCUUUGCCAGGCCAAAAACGCGGGCUGUCCUCUCAGCAAAGAAGAUAACGCGAAGUGCAAAAGGGACCUGGGGAGGCUGAGCAAGAGCUGAGCUCUGGGGCUUGCUCCAACCCCAUCACUGGGAGCUGCACCACGCCAUCCAGGAAAGCGAGAGGAAGGCUCUGCCGGCAGAAUGGGGCACGUUUCCUACCAUGCCCAAAUUCCCUGCUGUCAUCUACAGAAGUCCUAUGUUUCAAGCUGGGCUUUACCCCUGCCCUUGGUUUCACCAGGAGGUGGGUACCAGAACUGCACUGAAAUGCACUUCAGGGGUCGCUUCCUAACGAAGCCGGUCUGCCGGGGUUUCCCAUGACAGGUGGCGAGGGAUGGAAGCAGACCCCUCUGCCGCACAUUUCUAUUUUAGCUUUAGGAAGCGAGGUACUUUAAAAAAGGCAAGUUUAAAAUACUGAGGAUUGCCCAGCACAAAACUAGGCGCCGCUUCGUGCCUUUUGCCAGCGGGUCCCGCGCUGCCCACGGGCUGCAGACAGCGGGUGCCGGUGGUCUGCCCGGCUGAGCUGCGUUUCCACCAGGGCUGGACUUUUGUCUCCCUAAUCCUCUGACCUCCGUCUCACCCACGUUUUCAUUCCCCGUCUCCCACAGUCAGUUAGGCCCUGGGAUCCCAUAGACCCACCUGUAUCAGAUGGGACCGGGCUUGUACUGCUCGCCCAGCCUCUGCCUCCUGGAUUUACAUCUCCUGGGACUCCUCUAGAGCGCUACAGACACAGUGACGAUGAUCACGGCGUUGCUGCGAAUGGUUUCAUACAACAGAAGGAAGAUAUUAAUAAAAUAACCUGCUCCGCUUAGAAAAGUAUGUAUUUUAAUAGUAGCGCACUCUCUGCUUUUAAACACCACCACCAAGUUUGAUCCCCAAUCAGUGCAUUGCAGCUUAACCCUUUGCUCUGGAAGAAAGCAAUAGUUGUCAUAUAUUCUACUGACAUUUUAAUGCUUAAUGAGUAAAUAUGCGUCAUUUUGAUCUAGUAAAGAAUAACUUGUGUGUUUCCUCUCUCUAUAUCUCAAGAGCAUAAAACCAAAAUAGAAGGGGGAAAACAGGAAACAGAUACAGUAGCUUUUGGAACCAGUUUUCUUCUGGAUAUGGUUUUACAACACGUACUUUGCUCGGAUCAAGAAUUUUGGAUUUUUGAUUCAUCUUUAUUUCAUCUACCACGGCAUAUUCAGAUCGCACCACUCUUUUUUCGGUGUCAGGAUUCACAUGGACUACUCUUCAAGAAAGGUUGGGACUUAAAGUCUAGAAAGUAAGAAGAUGUUGAAGAAAAGAAUUUUUUUUUUUUUUUAGUCCUGAAAACUUAUUCUCUGGAUAAAUUCCACAAAAUGGGGUAGGAUUAAACCACUCUGGACAUACAGAAAUUAUGAAGGCCUCUGUGUAAUUUACUCUCAAAACCUAGGUGCGAUUCUCAUUCGCACCCUGGCCACUCUACACUGUUUUCACAGAGUAAAGGGGUUGUAAAGAUGCCAUCAAUCAUUUUUACACCUACUUUAUGGCCAUUUUAUGCAGCUAAAAGGGCCCUUUGUGUAAAUGAGAACUCAAGCCCUAGAGGACUAAACAGAGAGGCGAUCCUUCCCAUAGGCUGUGCUGGACCCUCUAACGGGGUCUACUGCUGGGAUAUAACUCUCCGCUUGGAUUUUAUAGCGUGGCUUAAAGAUCAUCAGACUCAAUUAAGCUCAGUUCUGCAAAACUUUGCUAGCACCCGGGGCUGCAGCCCCCCCAGUCACAUGGCUGGCCCCUGCGGAUCAUGCGCGAACAGCAACGACGCUGCAUGGAUAACUGCGUUUUUGUUUUUUGUUUCCAAAAGGAGAAGAAGCAACUACCACGUUCCUCUGGCUUUGAGGCAUUUUGAUGUUGUGCUAUGCAAAUAGGGGAGUUACAAAUAACGGCAACGAAAAGGGAACCGAGACCCAGAACAUCACACGGAGCCCAAAUGUCACCUCCUAGAGCCAACCAGGAGCCAAGGUGGCAACUGCUUCCUGCAAGCCCUAAAAGCACCAAGCGAGCAUUGCAAGAGGGGGCUCUUCCCUCUCUGCCGGCCCGUAAGCGAAAGCAGGCUCCGGCAGAUGGGGAAGUGCAGCGCUGGGGCCGGGCACUGCAGCGCGGGAGCCGGCGGCCGCCCCGCAGCCGCCCGCGCACUGGGGCUGUGCCUUCACGUGAUCGUCAUCUGGGCCUUGCCGGCUAUGGCCGGCUCCGCGUGGGCACCGCUUGGAGCCUGGCCUGAAAAACAGAGCUGCACAAGAGCGCUGCAAACCGCAGUCGACUCACUGGGCCUCUCUCUCUCUUUUUUUUUUUUUUUUUUUUUUUAAAUUCGCGUGACCAAACAGGGUGAUAUUUUCUUCGGGGCCUUUUAAAGCAGCAAGCGCACCGCUCGCGUGUGAGAGAAGCCGUGGUUCGCGCCCGCUAUAUUUAGAAAGCCAGGAUGUCAUACCUCCCCUCGAAAUUUUCAUAGUCCCCUGCACCCCACCCACCCGCACGCAGACGCAUGCUUGCGUCUGGAAAAUGUUUUUCGGUGUUAGCACAGGGUGUUGGCUUAGGGGGAUUCGAGGGAGGCACCGAGGAACAACGGCAAAGCAGUCCUCGCGCGAGCCGCCUUAAGGGAGCUCCCGGUAGGGAGCCGGCAGCUCCCGGCCAAACCCGGGCAGUAUCUGCAGCGCCCUGGUGCAGCCCCGCUGCACUCAGGGAUCUCUCCCUCUGCCUUCCCGAAAUGUAGCUCCUGAGGCAGGGCCAAGCGUUUAUGACAAUUAUCCGUGCCCUCUGACAUUUUUUAUUCAGGUAGCUCCUUUUCCCGUUGCAAGGUCCCCGUUAACACUCAUUUUGGUGCAGGCUUGUGUCCAGCCUAUGCAGCUACCACGUCAGGGAUUUUUUUUUUUUUUUUUGCUUUUCCUUCUCUGUGACCUCCUGUAAUCACUAAUCAGUAGCAUUUAUGCUCUGCUAAAUUGGCUCUGUAGUCAAGUAUUAUAAACAAUGAUUGCACCCACAAAGACUGGGGUGCAUUUUUCUUUCGUUUUUGAUAACCACUUUCCAUGCUUUUGUCUAAAGAAACGGCUGAAACUCUCAAAAAAAAACUUCAAACAUUUUUUUGGAGAUGGGGAUUCUUUUUUUUUAAGCAAAUAUGGGUAGCACAUCCAUCCUUUGUUAAUAUAACGCUUUCAUGUUCUGCAAAGCCACCUCGGCAUUAGAGCGUAGCUAUUAAACUGUGCUUAAAGCAUCUGACUGCGGAGAGCUCAUGGAGCCGAGAGACAUCAAAACUCACAAAUUACUACCUGCUUCAUGAACCAGGCUCUCGGCAGACUGGGGCUGAUGCUCGUUUGCACUCUGGUAUUCCUGCCACGGGCCCCGGGACAGCACGUUGCGCGGAUGUCAGGAGGCGGUACGCAUGCGGGAGCGGGGACGGAGCCGGGAGAAUAAGCCGCAGAAGGUGAUUUGAAUACACACGUCUCCUUCAGUCAAAUAUAUUAUGAAUGACAAGCACUGGGCUGACCUCGAGUUACUGGAGAUAUAGAGAAUGACACCGAUUAACGCAUUAAGAGCCCUGACUGUCCUGGAAAUGGCAUAUUUGAGCAAGGCAGGUUUUUAACCCCAUUUCACUCUGCGGCUAUGUAAAGAGAUCCCUGUUUUUAAAUGGUCCAAAGCAGAUGGAAGAAGGGUUUCUUCUUAUUUCAGCAUGGGAUUUCUCUUUCAUCGAAACUAAGAGGAGACCAAACCUUUCCUUGAUCUAUUCUCCAUUGGGCCAGCUGGGGCAUCAUGCCUGAGUUUUCCCAGGGGAAAACGCUGCCCCUCCAGGAUGCAGCGCUGACUUGGCCCGGACGUCUGUCCGCAGCCGUCUGCCAGGGAGCCUUGCCCGCACCCGAGGACAGAGCCUGCACGGGGCCGGGAAAACCUCGGCAUCAGCCUCCCUCCUUUCCUGGCUGCGUAAGCAGGGACGCCCUGCAGCAGGCGGGAAGCCCUGCCUGAAAAAUAGCGCCGGCUUCUGACUGCAGCCCCGGGAGAGCUGCUGGAGACACGGGCGCCUCGAGCACGCAGGGAGGCACGCAAGUGAGCCUUGUGCCUGGUUCGGGGCAUUGCAUUAAACCAGCUGGGUGACAGCGCUAAAGGGACCCGGUCACACCGGCCGAGCUGCGGAGGGGCGUGUGGUUUCACAGCCGCUUUCAGCUGGGGUCUGCCGAAAGAGCUGGCUCUGCCGCUGCCCCACCACCCCUGCAGGCCCUCGGCUGUGAUUCCCCCCCACUCCCCCGGUUCCCGCAGGCAGCCGGUGGCUCAGGGCACUGAUCUGGCUGAAAACUAACCUUGGAAAAAAAUCCCUACACUAAAACGAUGACUUUUCCAGCCAGAUCAGCCCCCGUUUCAGCUGCCCUCCUGGCCGAACAGCCACCCACGCCGGCACCGGGGCCGGAGAUGGCCUGGGGCUCUGCUCCGUCACGGGCGUCAGUCAACAAAGCGCUGUGCCCGGGAGCAGCCCCCAGUUAUAUUAACUGUACCGGUCAGCAGGGAUUUGGUGGAACCGCUUAAGAGGCGAUUGCGAUGAAGAUAGUUCAGAACAGCCAUUUGCACUUUCCCUUCCACCUCGUGAGCACGAACCAAAGGGCGGCCCACAGGCGAGGGCAACCAAGGGAGGCUGGCUGAGGAGCAAAAGUUUCCCUUCUGGUUUUGCUGUCCAAAUCUGCCAACGCACUGAGAAGCAGAGAAACAGCAUCAAAAAUAAAGCACCAUAAAUUAGGCACGGCAAACUCCUUCACUUUUCAUUUCCCAAGGCGUUAUUGGCAAAAGAGGUCAGGCGUUUUAAAACAAACACAUAUAUACUGGGUCUUCCCUGCUGCUACAAGUCUCGUAAACACCAGUGCCUUACAUCAGAUGGGGACUCAGCCAGGCAGGCGUUUUUCUGAUAUCCUUUGCUGUCUCCACAGGAAUUAAAUUUCACAACCUAUGGGCUUGGGGGGUGGGGAAGGGCACGUUAUGGUCUGUACUCAUAUAUUCAUAUAUAUUCCAUUGAGGCUACUCUUUUCAGAUCCAGCAGUUUUGUUGUACACAGAAGAAAACGCUGGGAUCUCGGCGAGGAAGACUCUGCGCUUCUGAACUAAUAGGCGUUUCAUCGCCACUUUAUUUCUAAUAAAAAUAUUCUCCUCUGCAGCA